UGUCAUCCAAACACGUGUGCCGCGGGGUCAGAGUGCAUAGUUCAUGGGAGCGACGGAAAGAUGGUGGAAGGCAGCGAAAUCCGCGUGGUUCGCUGUGGUGGAAGCAAAAUAAACACAACAUCACCAAUAAUCACUAUCGAUUCAAGGUUUCUACUAUGUGUGUCGGGGGACCUAGUGAAAGUGUACAGCACCAAAACACAAGAAGUGGUGCGAGUUUUAGAGGGUCACACAAACCAGGUGACGGGGAUCGCCCUCAAUCCGGCCAACCAUCUCCAGGUCUACUCCUGUUCAGCAGAUGGCACCAUAAUGCUGUGGGACUUCAUGGAUGGGAUUCUGAUUAAGACAUUUGUCAUCGGUUACCCAAUAUGUGCCCUGUACGUGUCCCCGAAACAUCAAGGCGUCAUUUUCUCAGUCAUCCCCAUGGCCCAGAUGGACGAUCUGGAGGUUCUCCAGCUGGUGGCGGUGCAUCUGCCACGGGCCGCGGAGGGGGGCGCCCCUGAGCUCAGCGCGGUCAUCACAGACGUCAGUGCCAACCCCAGCGCCACCGCCUUCGGCAAAGAGGGGGAAUACCUGGCCUCAGCAAAGGAGCUGCAGCUCAAUGUAUAUUUUUUCCGAAAGGAGAAGUCCUACAGGUUCUCUCUGAAUGCCUCGGAGAAGAAGGGGGCCAAGAAUGGCUUCUCCUGCGUGGCCUGCCAUCCCAAGGAGGACUGCAUCGCCACAGGGCACGAGGACGGCAAGAUCCGACUGUGGAGAAACUUCAACCACAAGAAGGAGUACACAUACACAACCAUCCACUGGCAUCACAACAUCGUUAACACCCUGUGCUUCACCCCAGAGGGCACCAAUCUGCUGAGUGGCGGGAUUGAGUCUGUGCUGAUCCAGUGGCAGUACGGGGACAACAGGAAGUCCAUGCUGCCGCGUCUAGGGGGCGCCAUCACGCACGUCUCCGUCUCUCCCGACGGCACCCUCUACUGCACCUGCCACUCGGACAACAAGAUAACGCUCAUUCAGAGCAGCAUCAAGGUGUGUGGCAUCAUCCAGGGCCUGGUCAAAGGUGAUGCUAUACGCACGGACCUGCUCUUCGAUCCCCGCACUAGGGCCCUGGUUCUGAAUGGAAAGCCAGGUCAUCUGCAGUUCUACAAUCUCAAACGUGACCGGCAACUCUUCAACCUGGACAUUGUGCAGCAGGAGUACAUCUACGAGGAGGGACUGGACCAGUACGAGGUGGUGAUGGCCGCGUUCGACAGCACAGGCUCCUGGUUGGCCACGGUGGAGGAGCGCGGUCUCAAGCUCAGCACCCCGGAGUUCAAUCUCAAGCUCUGGGCCUACGAUAAGAAAACACAGAGCCUUUCCCUGAACACCACUGUGGCUGCCGCCCACGAUAACCGGAUUAGGUCCAUGAGCUUCUGCCCCAGCAGCGAGACCACCAUGCUGGUGACCACCUCCAAGGACGGACACUUCAAAGCCUGGCUGCUCGGCACUGACGCGGAGACCGAGAAAGAUGGCGACUCCGCGUCCUGGUCAUGUGACUUUGUGGGCAGCUACCACGGCCUGCAGCCCUCGUGCUGCAGCUUCUCCGCCGACGGCUCCCUGCUGGCCGUCAACUUCGGCGAGGUCAUCACGCUGUGGAACCCCGAGACCUGGGAGCUCCUGUCCACCCUCUGCCUGCCCCCGGGGGACGUCAGGCAGCUGUGUUUUGGGAACCAGAGCUGUUCAAAGUACCUGCUCAGCACCACCACCAGGAACAUGCUCUGCUGCUGGAACCUUCUCACCUGCUCGUUGGAGUGGAGCACGUCGAUUGAUGUGCUGUUGCUCAAGGCUGACCCGCUCUCAGAAAACGUGGCCGCCUUCUCCAAUCUAGAUGGCCACACUGACCUUUUUGUGUUCAAGCCCAGCGAGCCGCGGCCGCUUUUUACCCAGAAGGCCGUGUGCGCGGGGGACGUGAGCCGUGCCAUCUUCGUGCCGCGGACAGAGCCGCUGGACAGCUGUGAGGAGAGCGCCCAGUGGCUCAACCGCUCGCAGCUCUACUUCCUCACGUGGAACAUGGACCUACUGACAUUUUGCACCAAAACAGAGGAGGAGAAGAUGGCCGCUAUUAGUAAACAGCUCGUCGCCGACAAGAGCGUCGACGUGACGCCCUUCUACCUGUUGCUAGGCAAGCACAGGCGACAGGAGCAGCAGGACCAGCUGGACGGCUCCCCCCACGGCACGCCAGCGGAGAGGGCCGCGCUGCCCCAGGGCUCCGUGGCCAUCAGAGAGCUGUUGCAUACACCAGCACACGUGUUGCCCUCGGCAUCGUUCCUGUGCUCCAUGUUCGUCAGCUCUCUGCUUAUAUCCACAACAGACAACAAAAACACGGCAGACCUCCCCCCAGAUGAGGAAAUGGACAGUGAGAAGGAGGAAGAGGACUCCGAGGUGGAGGACGGCCCUCGUGACGGCCAGGUCGACCCCAGUGGCUCUCAGGGCUCCGUAGUGGAGAGCGUGCCCAGACUGUCCAAGACCCAGGAGAGGCAGUUACGGAGAGUCAGGAAAACAGACUACAGCUGGCUCAGCAGCCUAGCGGACGCCUAGGCCCGCCCCCAAACAUGACUCAGCAGAUUGAACUCUCUUCCCCUCACUUUUUUUUUUGUUGUCCUUUUUUUUUUUUUUAAGUAGAUUUUUUUUUGUUGUUGGUCACAUUCAUCGGUCUCCCACACGCUUGGAAAUGAUAAAACAGAUUUUCUGUUUAAAUAAUGUAACAGGGUGGUGAAAUGACCCCUUGAAUGUGUAGCUUUUGAGGAGCAGAAUGCAAAAUACAAGUGUGCUCUUCGAAGACGGACUGACAAAGAACACCUGUGAAUGAAGUUAAGCAAACAUCCAUCUCUUUGGCGGGGGCGCCUUCAGCCAACAGAUCAAGCGUACGCCAUUCGCCCUCUGGACUUCUUCUGGAGUUUUUUUUUUAUAUAUAUAAAAAAAGUUUUUAUAUCGGUGAAGUCUUGCAUGACUUUAGACCUUGUAAGAGUGUAAGCGCUCAUCCUUUCAUAAAAUAGAAUACUGUACACAGCCA